UAUCUUGUCACUCUCCAUUUCCCAACAACUUUCCCAAAUCUUAUCCAACAUCACAACACGUACUUCAUGUUGUUCUUCUUUCCUGAAUCCUAAAUAAAAAUAUUUAUAUUUUCUUUAAAAAGAAAAAAAAAAAAAACACAAUGAGAAAUCACCAACAUAAUGACCAAAAUCAUGACCUCUACAACCUUUACUAUCUAAUGAUCAACCUACUUACUUCACCACCGCUUCCAAUCCCAUUUCCGACAGUUAUCUCUGGGCCCACUAGUGUAGUAACAUCAUCAUCAGCCUCGUCAUCAGCCACGUCACCAUUACGGCCGCCACAAGUAUCCCCACCUGGGUUUGCGGCAAUAUUUAUAGGGAUAUCAUUUGCAAUGAUGAUGUUUGGAUCAGUAAUAUUUGUGAUAGGUUUUUUGUUGAUGCCUUUGGUUGUGGGUUUGGUAAUGUUGUUUUAUUUGGCUGGUAUUGUUUCUAACUUGACAUAUUUGGUUGGCCUUGUUCUUUGUCCCACCACCAACCUUGUUUCAGCGUGGAGACUAUCAUGAAGCCGAGGGGAUUAAACAACUAGUCUGGAGAGAAUAUAGAGAGCCUGUUAAUCAAGUUACUAGCUAGAAAUGUGUUGAUACAAACAGAAUAAUGAGCAUACAUAAUGGAGGAUAUGUAGUAGUCAGUAUUUUGGCAUCAUCUGUUAUUCCAGUUUGAAAUGUCAACCAUCUUUUUGCCCCA